CUCAAAACAGACUUUCCCUUCUUUGGAUAUUUGCUAACUCACACAAAACAAUCGACUCUGUUUCUGCUUUGGGGCCUUCAGGGAUUAAUGGCUUCAUCCUCAAGAAAGACUUGCCUUCAGUGUAAAGCCUCCGCCGCCGCCUCCGCCACAGACAGCUUCAGAAACGGGUGGCGCCUCCGCAGCGGCGAGUUUGCUCAGCUCUGCCACCGUUGCGGUUCUGCAUACGAGAAGGGGAUAUUCUGUGAGGUGUUUCAUUCAAACGAUGGAGGCUGGAGGGACUGCGAAGCUUGUGGGAAGCUGGUCCAUUGUGGAUGCAUUGUAUCAUUCAAUACAUAUUUGCCUGUGGAUUUUGGUGGAAUCAUGUGCAUUGACUGCUCAAGAAUUAGCCUUAUCCUGGCAAGAAAUGAUGGCUCGUUUCACGAAAGAUCACCUCGGCCCCGUUGCCCCUCCUGUAUACGAGAAGACAUUGUCGGACAAUGACCUGAAAUUAUCGCGCCUUGUCUUACCCAAUAAGUGUGCAGAGGCAUUAUUUCCAGAGCUUCAGGGGCAACAUUUGAUGCCAAUUAGUGUUCUAGACACAGACGGCAAACCAUGGGAGUUUUUGUUCUCUUGUUGUUCUAAACCUACAAAUACGAUGUAUGUUCUUGACGGGCUCAGAGAUUACGUUAUUGCCCAGAAAUGGCAGGCAGGCGAUACUGUAACAUUUUGCAAAACAAAACCAGGAGGGAAGGUGAUGAUGGGAUUGCGUAAAACUUCAGCUGCGUCCUCAACAUGAGUUCGGUCUUUGCAGAUUUUUGCCCAAAGUUUUCGUCAUUCCCAUGGACGUUGAGGAGUUUGAUCCACUUGAUGGUCUGGAACACCAAUGUAUGCAGUAUAUAGUUAGUCACAGUUUUCAUCGUCUCAUGGCUAUGUACUCUAAUAUAAAAGAUGUGUUUGG